AUGGUUAAUAUUAUCAUUCUAAAUGUUUGCUUUCAUUUUAAUCAGAAAGCAGCAUGUGUUCGAUUUACGAGUUUACGCGGAGCUCCUGAAGGCGGCACAAUUCCCCCAAACAGUUGGAAGUUGGAUCAGGUUCAUUUCAGGAACUUCCGCGUCUGUCUGCGCCUGAAAACUGACAUUUUAAGUGCAGAAUUCCUUCUGAGCUUCAUCAUGACGACCCCGUCCACAUCCAUCACCACUGUCGGUGGAAUGGUGGUAGUCACUCAAGUCAUUCCCAAGGAUGAGAACUUCAUCCCGCUUCAGACUCCUGACAAUGGACCACCAAAGGCCCCACCCCCUGCCACAAAGGCCCCGCCCCCUGCCAAGAAGACUCCCGCCAAGGUGGACAACAUGACCACCGCCUUCCUGCGGGGAGCGCCUAUGAACCUCGGGAUUGUUCAGAUCUGCAUCGGCCUGGUGUGUGUCAUGUUCAGCGGGUUUGCCCUCUUGUCUCCAAACAUGUUGGUCUCCGCUCCGUUGUGCUUCGCCGUCACUUUUGUGAUUUCCGGCUCUCUGGCGGUGGCGGCGAGGAGAGGGACCUCAAUCAGCCUGGUCUGGGCGUGUCUGGUAUCCCACGUGAUCAGCGUGCUGUUCGGCCUGGCGUGUUCAGCCUAUGUCUGCUGGCUGAUGGCCGUCCGCAAAGUCAGCAACGUGACCUGUGACCCACAAAGCUUGUGGGACUACAGAGAUCCCGAUGUUGUGACGACCCAGUGCAUGGACAAAGUGUGGUUUCUGCAACGCCUGGUGGGCAGCCUCUUCGGCCUCCUCCUGGUUCUGCUCGUCCUGCAAGUUUGUGUCGCCAUCACCGUUUGUGUUUUCAGUGGAAAAGCCAUCAGACUCCACCGACACUACUCCCCGAUCAAGGUGGAGGUGGAUGAUCACGGCGCUCUGUUGGACAGCGACGUCGAGGAAGACCGUUAUCCUGCGUUGGCCUGAAAGCGGAGGACAGAACCUCUUAAUACCACUUCAAAUACUACAGUAGAACUACGGCAGAAUACAUCCAUACUUCAACUCUGUCUGUCAUUAUUUUCUGUAAUCUUCUUUCUCUGCUCUUAACCAGGUGGUUUUGUUGUAGCGGGUAACUCUGUGAUUGUGCUUUGAUAUGAACCUGACGAUAAAGACUCCAUGUAACGCCCUGUAGAAAUGAAACAUAGGUACCACUUACAGUGGUGUCAAACAGCAUGAACCAACCUUUAAAGAUUCAUUCUUACUCAGAUAAAUUUAAAAAAGGUGGUGUCAGCGAUUAUAAUCUGGUGUUGGAAACAUAAAGUGUCUCUGACUGAUCCACAUAACUAUAUCCCAGCAUGAGAGUGAUAGAGGUAUGUAGACUGUAGAAUCAAAGACUCCACCUUUUAAUGCAUUUAAUUUGAAUUCAGAAUUUACCAGAAGAUACUAGAAGGGACGAAUAACUCGCUGAAUGCUUUUCACACUUUGUAUCUAUUGUUUGUUUGCAGUACAACAAUAAAAUUGCACUUUUUUUCAAGGAA